AUGAAUCCAUCUGUAGAGAAAUAUGGUCGUACUUAUCAUGCAAUCACAUCUAGUACUUAUACUUUACCAAGGGAUGCGGAAGAAAGGAAACGUUUAUCAUUGCAACAUACCGUCUUGAAAGAUGUCUUUAAAGGAAAUAUUCUACCUAUUAUUACGUCUUCUUUACCUAAAGAUGCAAAGAUACUUGAUAUUGGCUGUGGCUCAUGUGAUUGGUGUGUGGAAGUGGCAAAUAGCUAUUCUGAUGCACAAGUUCAAGGUGUAGAUAUGUCUGAUCUCUUCCCCAAGGAUGGACCAAAGAAUGCAAAGUUUGAUGUCUACAAUGUAUUAAAUGGUCUCCCAUAUGAAGACAAUACUUUCGACUUGGUACAAAUGAGAUUACUGAUCUUAGCUUGGCGUACAGAGGAAUGGCAUUUUAUGCUCAAGGAAAUCCACCGUGUCUUGAAACCUGGAGGAUAUGUGCAACUUAUAGAAUCCAGAUUUACGACGAUCGUGGACAAUCCUACCGUGGAAUUAUUGAACAAUACCAUGCGUACAAUGAUGAAAGAACGUGGACUUGAGUCUUGUAUUGUUGAAAAAUUAAACAAUUGGAUUCCUGAUCAUGGAUUUCAAUUGGAAGAAAGACAAAAGCAAGAUUUGGAUUUCUCUGACCGUGAUGACUCUGUUGCACAAACUAUGGUGUACUGUUGGAUCGAUGUGAUGAAAGCUAUGAAACCAUACAUGGAGAACUAUUUGAUUGAACACGAUAUUGAUCAACUUCUCGAUCAAUACAGCCAAGAAUGCGGACUUACCAACUUCUUUCAGUUUUAUGCUUUUGUUGGAAAGAAACUCUGAUGAUGGAUUAUUGUUUGG